GGUCGAUGACGUGGAAGCGUGUGCCACGUGGCGGAUUUUCUCGUCGAUUUUUUUUGGAAAAUUUCGCGAAAUUUUAACGCGAAAAUCGUGGUAAAGGUGUUCGUCGCAGUGUUUCGCACCCUUUUGGCACACGCGCCACCGGGAAAUUCGCAAAAUCAUCGUUUUGCGAACUUAAAAACUAUUGGGACUUUUUGCUUGGUAAAGCCUGCCCUGCCCCAACUUGGAGUAUGUACAAAAUGUCGUCUGGCUAGGAUAAGGUAGGGUUACAGGUAAGGAGACAAACAAAUUUACACGGUGACACUCUGUGUAAAAACGCUAAACGGAUGUCGGGUAACUGAAGAUGGCCUCCCCCACCCCGUCGCUCGAAUCCCUACCUAGAGCCAAUUCGAUCGGAUCGUUCGGCGAACACGUAGACUACCUGUCCUUGUCCCCCUUGGACGAUUCACCAUUAUCGGGAUCAUCACCGCCGAUCAGUGAUUCGCGCGACAGCGACCAAUCGGAACCUCAGUGCCAAGAGUGCCGCGAACCGAUCAACGACCCUAAAUUGCUCGGCUGUUUCCACACUGUUUGCAAUCAGUGCUUGGAACGUAACAAACUUGUUUGCCCCAGGUGCAACACUGAAUCAAUUGAAGGCAUUUUGAAUAAUCUUCUAUUUAGCUCCGAGCAGUUGGAGCCAAGUGUACCAAGGUGCACUGGGUGUAAGCAUAAGAAGCUAGACGCUGUUGCCAGGUGUGUUGAUUGUGCCAACUUUUUGUGCUCGAACUGUGUAAUGGCGCACCAAUUUAUGCACUGUUUUGAAGGUCACAGGGUGCAAAGUCUUGACUUGAAGGAGGACAAAGUCUUAGACAAAAACGCCAUGCAAUGUCCCAGGCAUAAGAUUGAAAUUAUUAAAUACUAUUGCCGCACCUGUUCUGUUCCAAUAUGUAAAGAGUGUUUGAAUUUGGAACAUCCUUCUGGGUUGCACGAGUAUGAAUUAAUAAGUGAAGCAGCUCCUAAGCAAAUUGAAGCCAUACAUCAUGCAGUAGGUGAGGCUAAAGUCCGGGCUACAGAUAUAAGGAAUACUUUAAAAAAUGUUGAACACUCUGGGUCAAGAUUACAAGUGCAGUACCACAAGGCCCAAAACGAAAUACAAGAAACUUUCCAGUUUUACCGUUCAAUGCUUGAGGAGCGCAAAUGUGAACUACUAAAAGAAUUGGAAAGUGUUUUUAGUGCUAAACAACUCCAGCUUACAGUGGCAACCCAAAAAGGCCAAGAAACAGUGGACCAAAUAUAUAAAACUUGCGAAUUUGUUGAGCGCUUGAACAAAUGUGCAAAUGUUGUUGAAAUUUUAAUGUUCCGCAAGCUUUUAGAUGCCAAAUUGAACAGCCUAUUGACAAAUAAUUUGGAUCAAAGUGUUCAAAGCGCAUGCGAAUUGGAAUUUGUCAGCAAUUACCAGGCUAUACAAGUGGGUGUGCGCAACACUUUUGGGUAUGUUCGCUCAAAUUCUGAAGCAGUUUUGGGACCCAGCAAGCAACCACCAAUUGCAAGGCCUACAUGUGGCAGUAGCUCAAGUGGUAGCAGCGUAAAUGGAAGCAGCGGAGGCAGCUAUGGCCCAAUAGCUUUAACAAACCAAAGCCAAUCCACAAGUCCGUUUGAGUCAAACAUCUUAAGCAAACGCUUUAGCAGUGCCAACAGCUUAGGCCCCUUCUCCACUACAAUUGGAGACCUAAACUUAAACAUGAAUCCUUAUGAAAAAUGGUCAAACAAUGACAACAAUUUAUUCCAAAAUGGCGACAUGUACUCAAACCAUUUGACCCAAUCACAUGAGCCAUUACUAGACUUGACAUCAAAACUAAAUUCAGUGGCCAUAUUUCCACCCAAAAGCCAAAUAAAACGUCAAAAAAUGAUUUACCAUUGCAAGUUUGGUGAAUUUGGAGUAAUGGAGGGCCAAUUCACAGAACCCAGCGGUGUAGCAGUAAACGCCCAAAACGACAUUAUUGUAGCUGACACAAAUAACCACCGCAUCCAAAUCUUUGACAAAGAAGGCCGCUUCAAAUUCCAAUUCGGCGAGUGUGGAAAGCGAGAUGGACAACUCUUAUACCCCAACAGAGUAGCUGUAGUACGCACCUCAGGUGACAUUAUAGUAACCGAACGCUCACCUACACACCAAAUCCAAAUCUACAACCAAUACGGCCAAUUUGUACGCAAAUUUGGAGCAAACAUCUUACAACAUCCUCGUGGAGUUACCGUAGACAACAAAGGCCGCAUUGUAGUGGUUGAAUGCAAAGUAAUGCGUGUUAUUAUAUUUGACCAAUCAGGUUCAGUUCUGCAAAAGUUUGGUUGUUCCAAGCACCUAGAAUUCCCCAAUGGAGUAGUUGUAAACGACAAACAAGAGAUUUUCAUAAGUGAUAACCGGGCACAUUGCGUCAAAGUUUUCAGCUACGAAGGAGUAUAUUUGCGUCAAAUCGGAGGAGAAGGAAUUACCAAUUACCCAAUUGGAGUAGGCAUAAACGCAAAUGGAGAAAUCCUGAUUGCAGACAACCACAAUAACUUCAAUUUGACUAUAUUUACGCAAGAUGGUCAAUUAGUGUCUGCGUUGGAAAGCAAAGUCAAGCAUGCGCAAUGCUUUGAUGUUGCUUUAAUGGACGAUGGUUCCGUGGUACUAGCCAGCAAAGACUAUCGUUUGUACAUUUACCGGUACGUCCAGGUACCAACUAUCGGAUUGUAAGCCCAUUCCUAACCUACACUAUUUACUUGAUGCAUUUUUUUUUUAAACGUUGUCGGAGUGGUUUUUUGCGCACGCGCGUCUGUGUAUAAAAAUAAUAAUGGUUGACACGUCAUUAAGUUUAAAAUUUUUUGGAUGUCGGAUGUUGAUUUUUAUUUGUAUUUUGUAUUGUAUAUUUUUGUACGGUGCACACGGGGUGUUUUUUCCUGAGAAAAAAAGUACAUUGUUGCAACGUCGCUGCAAUUGGUUUUUCCUUAUGUGGGUUGAUUUUGGAACUUGAUUCAAUAAUUGAAAUUGUAUAUACUUACUUACAGCUUAUUUUGCUCAUCAGGGUUGGGACUUUGUAACAAAUAGAGUUCGUUAUUUGUAUCACUAUGGCAGUUGCUGUCUCUUUUCAAAAUCAAUAGAGAAGGAAUGGCAAUAGAGAUAGCGAAAACAUCUCUAUGGCCACCAGCUCUCCUGGCCUGGGACUCUGUAACAGAUAGAUAUCGUUAUUUCUAUCAUUAUGACACUUGCUGUCUUCGUUUCUCUUUUGAAAAUGAACAGAUUGACUUGAAAUUUGACUUGAAUGAUAAAUACAUCCUAGUUAAUGAAUCCUGAAAGUUUGAAAUCGAUCUGACACUUUGAAGUAUUUUUCAGGAUUUUUCAAAAGUGAUUUCCACGAUUUUUUUAAUUUUUUCUGGUAUUAGGUUGGAAAAGAUCUCAUAAUUCAAUUUCUAGGCUUCAAAUCAACUUCAAAUUUGCAGUGUUUGUUGAAAAUAUGCUGGUUACUAAAUCCUGAAAGUUUGAAAUCGAUCUGGUACUCGGAAGUAUUUUUCAGGAUUUUUCAAAAAUGAUAUAACGUGAAUAUUCCAACUUUUUCUGUUAUUAGAUUGGAAAAUACCUCAUAAUUCAAUUUCUAGGCUUCAAAUUUGCAUUGUUUGUUGAAAACAUGCUGGUUAAUAAAUCCUGAAAAUUUGAAAUCGAUCUGAUACUCGGAAGUAUUUUUCAGGAUUUUUCAAAGAUGAUUUAACGUGAAUUUUUCAAGCUUUUCUGGUAUUAGGUUGGAAUAGACCUCAUAAUUCCAUUUCUAGGCUUCAGAUCAACUUCAAAUUUGCAUUGUUUGUUGAAAACAUGCUGGUUAAUAAAUCCUGAAAGUUUGAAAUCGAUCUCAUACUUUGAAGUAUUUUUCAGGAUUUUUCAAAGGUGAUUUCCACGAAUUUUUUAAUUUUUUCUAGUAUUAGGUUGGAAAAGACCUCAUAAUUCAAUUUCUAGGCUUCAAAUCAACUUCAAAUUUGCAUUGUUUGUUGAAAAUAUGCUGGUUAAUAAAUCCUGAAAGUUUGAAAUCGAUCUGAUACUCGGAAGUAUUUUUCAGGAUUUUUCAAAGAUGAUAUAACAUGAAUAUUCCAACUUUUUGUGUUAUUAAAUUGGAAAAGACCUCAUAAUACAAUUUCUAGGCUUCAGAUCAACUUCAAAUUUGCAUUGUUUAUUGAAAACAUGCUGGUUAAUAAAUCCUGAAAAUUUGAAAUCGAUCUCAUACUCUGAAGUAUUUUUCAGGAUUUUUCAAACGUGAAUUUUCAGACUUUUCCUGGUAUUAGGUUGGAAAAGACCUCAUAAUUCAAUUUCUACGCUUCAGAUCGACUUCAAAUUUGCCUUGUUUGAUGAAAACAUGCUGGUUAAUAAAUCCUGAAAGUUUGAAAACGAUCUGAUACUCUGAAGUAUUUUUCAGGAUUUUUCAAAGAUGAUUUAACGUGAAUUUUCCAAGUGUUUCUGGUAUUAGGUUGGAAAAGACCUCAUAAUUCAGUUUCUAGGCUUCAGAUCAACUUCAAAUUGGCAUUGUUUGUUGAAAACAUGCUGGUUAAUAAUUCCUGAAAGUUUGAAAACGAUCUGAUACUCCGAAGUAUUUUUCAGGAUUUUUCAAAGAUGAUUUAACGUGAAUUUUCCAAGUUUUUCUGGUAAUAGGUUGGAAAAUACCUCAUAAUUCAAUUUGUAGGCUUCAGAUCAACUUCAAAUUUGCCUUGUUUGAUGAAAACAUGCUGGGUAAUGAAUCCUGAAAGUUUGAAAUCGAUCCGAUACUUCGAAGUAUUUUCCAGGAUUUUUCAAAAGUUAAAUCACUUUUGUUUCUGAAAACAUGCUGUAGUCUAAUCAAAUGGUAGAAAAUUGGUUUGUUUAUAUUUUUUGGGUUGCUUCAUAUGAAUAUCAAGUUUGCCAACAAGAAAUUUGACCGGAAAUGGGUUUUGUGAAGGAAACUCCCUGUAACAAGUGCCUUUUUACAGCUUUUAUCAAAUAACUAGAAACCUAUUCAGUUUGUUAGAUAUUGAUUUUAUAUAAAAUGAAAGAGUAUAAAAUUUCCUACAUUUUAUUUUUUGAGUUUUUUUCUAAGAUCUGCGGUUCAGCUGUGAUGAGGACGCAAAGUUGGGUGUAUCUUCACCUUCCUUGAAGGCCCUGGCUCUUCCCCUGCCUUGAAGGCCUUGGCAUCUACAAUAUUCACCAAAAUACUCGGAAUCUCAUCUAUUCCACAUGCGCUCUUUGAGUUGAGAUGUAUCAGGAAGUCCAAAACCUUUUCCUCAGAAAUCGUCUCAAUGUCUAGGCCAUCACCGAAGUAAAUCUUAAUGAACUCAAAAUCACGUGAAUUGUUCGGUGGAAAACUGCUGGUGCAUUCACUAGUCCAAAAGGCGUUCUCAAAUACUCGUUAUGCCCGUUUGAUGUUACGCAGGCUGUUUUGGGAAUUGAAACAUCGGCAAUAGGGAUUUGAUGAAGAAAAUUUUUCUUCGACUGUUUUUCUAUUCAAUGCACGAUAAUCGAGGCACAUGCGCUCUUCGCCAUUUUUCUUCCUCACCAACAACAUAUAGGGCUUGCGUAUGGUGAUUGUGAUUUUUGAAUAAUUUCAUUUUCUAGGAGAUUGUGGAAUUUUCACGCAUUUGAGGCAACUUUCAAAUCAUCUCAGAAAUAUUCUGAACUUUACUAAUUGAGAGAUACUUGCUUUAAUAAGUUCAAAAUUAGUUGAAAAAUUUCUGAAACGCCAACCAAAGUAUGUCAUUUUACAAUUCUAAAACUCAAAGUGCUCAUAGUUACUAAGCAAGAUCGACUUUGUUUGAUGAAAACAUCCUGAAAGUUUGAAAUCGAUCUGAUACUACUUAGAAAUCGACAUUUUUUCAACCUUAGCAGUUUCAAAUAAUUUGUGUACUUCUUCAAAUAGUUGAAGUCCAGUUGCAAUAUCGACCGAAGGCAGUAAGACAUCAUCAAGGUAGGCCAUCACCGAAGUAAAUCGCAAUGAACCCAAAUAGUUCGCUGGAAAACUGCUGGUGCAUUCACUAGUCCAAGAGGUAUUCUCAAAUACUCGUAAUGCCCGUCUGUUGUUAUGAAGACUGAAAUUUCAUUUCCAAGCCUCAGAUUGACUUCAAAUUUGCCUUGUUGAAUGAAAACGUCCUGAAUUCUUACCCCUACCACUUUGGCACUUGCUGUUUUUUUCUCUCUCUUCGAAAUCAAUAGAGAUAAAGAGAAUAUCUCUCUUUGUUACAGAGUCCCAGCCCAGAAGGCUUCAACGCACCUCUAACAAUAAUACAUUUCUAAAAUCAGCCCAAAAAGCCAAUAAUAUAUACAGGGUGUUUAAACAAAAAACACCUCUACCAAACACCCAAGUGCACCCCUCUCAAAACUACUGUUGUAACGACCAAAAAAAAAACUUUUAUCAAUAUAAAAACAGGGAUAAAAAAACAUAAAAGUGUUAAGCAGUGAUGCCAAGUUGUUUGUUGGCGCAGCAACGCCAUCAUCUCGUCUAAUUGUUAAUUAAUAAUAAUUGAGCAUAUUUUUAUCCUACAUUAGAAAAAUAUGCCAAUAAUCUAUUUUAAUAUUCGCCGUAUAUGUGUACGUUGUCCUUUUUUUAGAUGAUAGAAAGCCAAUUGUUAUAUAUUUGCGGCGUUGCCCGCACGUUGUUAGCGACCCUAGUCACAACCCCCCCACUCUCAAUUUUUUUUUUCUGAAAUUAAAAAUCUCUAUUUUAUAUAUAUAUAAAUACACCUUUGAUGAAUUUGAAAACCGCGUGCCGUGCCCUUAUAAAAUGUUUUAGAAAGAGAGAGAGAGAGUCUUUUUGGACAACUUUGAUUGAAUCUCUCUUAUUAUUAUUAUUAUAAGUUUUGAAAUGCAAGAGUGUGGUGCAUGCAAUAUAUCCCAAACACCAAUUUUUUUAAUUAUUAUUUAGUUUAGUUAGUUAUUUUGUUUGUUGAUGCUGCCAAGUUUAAGAUUACGAUGAGCAAAACUAUGAUGGGACAAAAACCCUUAAAGUAUUAGAGUGCUCCUGCAACAAGACUUUAGUAGCUAGUUUUUUUUUUAUUAUUUAGUUUAGUGUCAUAUUAUGUGGGCUUUGUCUUUUAUUAGGUCCCAUUUUGUUACUUGUUUUUAUAAUUUUUAGUUUAGACGAAUAAUGAUUUAGUUAGGCAUUUUUUUUGUUAUUUGAAAGUCUUAGGGCCGGUAUUAUGAAGCCUGAGUUGCAACCAGUGGUAAGAACAUUUCAGCUGGUUGAAAUUCAGCCAUUGACUGGCCCUUAAUUGUACUUAUAAUUUUUGGAAGAGAAAAAUGAAAAAAUGGGACCAAAAACCUCCCCCCUUUUAGUAAUGACAAUUUUUUUUAUUAUUAUUAUUAUUUUCGUAUUUAUGCAUUUAUUUUUUUUUAUUUAUGUAAUUGUUGUUUUGUUAGAAAAUACAAUGGAAAACUCGAAAAGAUCUCAAAUCCUAACUUGGGUUUUCCACCAUAUUAAUUUAGACUGGAAAAGUGGAAUUUGAAUUUUUUUUUUUUUAUUAGUAUUUUGGAGGAGUUUUGGGUUAGUUUCAUUAUUAGCUUUGUUCCAACACAGCAGAAAACCGUCACGAUUUUGCGCAAAACCUAAAAUUUUUGCGCAGAAACCAAAAUUCAUAUACUGAGUGGUUUUGACUUGUUGGAACAGACCUAUAGUCUCAAGCCUCCUUUAAAAAAAAUUUGUUUGGUAUACAUUCGACAAGUGUUUUGUUAUCAUUAUUAUCAUUUUUUUUUUCUUUGUUCCUUUUUGACUGCCUUGGAUGUGUACCAAGAAGUAAUUAUUACAAUUUUGUUUAUUCGAAAAUCCCAAUCUUAAUUUAUAUAAUUGUUGUUUAAUUCGUAUUAAUUAUUAUAUUAUUAUUGACAUUUUUUUUUUUUUUAGAAAACGGUGAAAAUUGUUCUUUUAGAAAAACAAACACACAUCUUGUACAAUAUUUUUUAUUUGUUUUACUUCUUUGAAUUUUUGUUGUAAAUGCUUAUUUUUUACUUAAAUAAUUACCAGUUAAUUGCAAGUUUUUCUUUUGUAGUUUUUUUUUUUUUUGGUUUUGUCCCUCCUCACCCUAGUUUUUUCCACUGUAUUUUUGUAGCUGUGUGUGUGUGUUUUUGUAGUAUUUUGAGGUAGGUUUUAGGUCCGACGUCACUGCAACCUUCGGUCACUCCGAAUUUAUAUUUGAAGCUUAUUUUUAACAAUUUUUCCUGGAGUGAUUUUUCACUAAAAUUUUUUAAUUUUGCUUGAAAAAGUCAAUGUUCCAGAAUUUUUCCUGGAGUGAUUUUUACAUUUUCUCUUGAAUAAUUUUCUAGAAAAAAAAAAAUUACAAGAGGGUACAUUCAAUUUGAAAAAAACGGGAAAAGUCCUGGAAAAUGGGAAAAUUAUGGGGAAAAAAGUUGGUUUUGGGACUUUUUGGGAUCCCUUCUACAAAAUGGCUAUCUUGAAAUUCCGAAAUUUUGACUUUGGUUUUUAGCUCUAUACCUAUAGCACAGGGAACUCUUGAAAAUGAGGAAAAUCGUAACUUCAACCGGCCAUAGCUCCGUAAUGGUAAGUCGUAGAGAAAAACUGUUCAAGGGCAGAUUGUAGAGCUCGAGGAAAUCUACAAAAAAGCUUAUCGAGUCUUACCUCUACGACUUACCAUUUCCGAGAUAUUCCACUUGGAAUUUUUAAAAUCCUUGGGUGGCUAACUUUUUUCCGGUACAUCGGAGAGAACUGAAACUCGGAAUAUCGAUUGAAAAUCACAUUUCGAAUAUUCCCGAUUUUUGAUUGGCAAAUUAUCCGCUGACCAAUAGAAUUAUAGACUGGGCCCCGUGAUUAGAAUAAUUCUAGCCCUUCGGGCUCGCGUAUAACUCCAACCCUUCGGGUCGGACUCACGUAUAAUUCCGGCCCUUCGGGCCGGACUAGCGUAUAACUCCGGCCCUUUGGGCCGAACUAGCGUAUAACUCCGGCCCUUUGGGCCGGACUAGCGUAUAACUCCGGCCCUUUGGGCCGGACUAGCGUAUAACUCCGGCCCCUUGGGCCGGACUAGCGUAUAACUCCGGCUCUUCGGCCGGAGUUAUAUAACUCCUAUUUUUUUCAGCGAAAAAAUCAGUCAAAAUUUCCCGGAUUCUCUUCCAUUACGUCAUAGAAGACGCCUAGAGAAAUAUCGGAACCCACUUUUCCUCCCUCAAUUUUCCGUUUUUCCAGGAGUUUCCGGCCCUCUUUUAUACCCCACAAAAUGGAAAAUCAAAAUUUUCCGAAUUUUGGAAAUAUAAUUUUUUUUCUGUAUAUAGGAGGUCAAAACAAGCAGAAAACCUUUUUGGCAUUUUCCCCUAGGAUGUCUCCUAAGUCUGGAAAAAAAAAUAAAUAAUAAAAUCCUUGAGGGGGCCUUUCCAGCCUGACAUGAUCUCAUUUAAUUGGCCAUAACUCUGGAACGCCUGGAUCGAUUUCAAUGAAUCAUAUUCCAUUCGAUACAGAAUUAAAUUACCUACAAAAUGGUUUUAUUUCGAAUUUCCAGAAUCUCCCAGUGUCCAAGUAAUAGACCUUCAAAGUGGCAAACAUAAGAUUUUAGUCUUCACUCGUCUUAAAAUGAUCAUAGCUUCUGAACGAUUCAAGCUAGCGGGUUGCGGUUUAUUUUAAAUUAAAAAUCAGCUUAAUAUAUAUUAUUAUACAUCAUUGUCAUAGAAUCCUAUAAUUUGUUUAGUCUCGAUCACCCCAAGCAAGCGUAUACUCCGUAGCGGGUAUAACAUAGUGUUUGUCGUCCGCGUAAGACAAUGACAUUUGAGAAAAUGCUAUACAAUGUUUACUUUGCACCAUUCUUUUAUGUCAUCCAUGUUGCUUCGGAGUUUCCUGCUUAUGAUAUUAGUAUUACUACCUCUUGUCAAGAGGUCAACAAAUAGUGCAGCCAUGAUUUGGGGGUUCGUAGGAAUAUCGCAAAUUAUCCUAAUAUUGUACCCUAAGGAAUUCUCGCUUUUUCUCUCAUUCCAAAUUUGUCCCUGUGCAUUUUACCAUAAAUACAACCCUCACAUAUUUCGCUGUCUAAGGUCACUACGACUUCAAAUUUACGACUCAAAAUAUACCUUGAUGUAUCGUUUGUUGUGAUGACCAAAGGGUUCAUGGUAUAGUUGCGCCUUGCUUCCAAGUUGCGCCUUGCUUCCAAAAGCAAGGCGCAUAUAAGCAAGGCGCACAUUGGAGACACAUGCGACGUAAAGCAGCAAAAACGAAAUAUAUUUGACACGCUAAUACAAACGUGAUUAACUAAUGGACUUAAGACUUCCAUAAAGAUGAAGAAUAUUCUCCACUAGGUUGAAGGUGUCUCGCCUGCCUCUGUUGCCAGAGUCACAUUUUUCACCUUCAUUGUUUCCUCUUCAGGCCCCCAGGUUGUGACGAAACCUAUAGGGUUUGUGACAUAUUUGUCAAAUCAUAUCAAAUCUCACAAGGAAACUAUAGGGUCCGCCACUACAGUGGUAAGGCUAGAUACUCUAUAAAACCCUCACUGACCAAGGCCUGACGCGUUUUGUGGGCAUCAACCCCCAUUACAUCAACAGGUAAGUAAUUCAUUAAACAAUUAAGUAGCUUUGACAAACAAGCAAUUUUGGUACUAGUCAUUUUAUUUUUAAAUUAAGAGCACGGCACUUUUUGGUACUACAUAAACUCUUAUUCCUCCCCUGUCCCUAUCUAUUUUCACAUACUUUUAUACUUAGACUCGUAAGAUUUUUCUCUGUCUGUGAAAUUGAAAGGCUUUUGUGUAAGUAACAGAAAAAAUCUAAAAAAAAAAAAAAAAAUUCGAACAAUCUUCCUUGGGCCCAAAAACUUGAAAUCCUAUAUGUGUUAUUGAUUUGAUUCAAGGGCCUGUUCACACAUCAACUAUUAUGUGAAUUGGCCUUUUGAUUUUAAAUAAUAAGAAAAUAUAGGCAUUGUGUGAUUUUUUCGUAAUUUAUAAACUUAUAUUUUAGGUAUUUUUAGAUAUUGUAGCGAUGUUAAUAUUAAUAAUAAUAAUAAUAAUAAUAAUUGAUAAUUGUUGUCUAAUUCACUUUUAAACAAAAAUGAGUGUUAGAGUGUUUUUGAUGAUUUAAAAAAUUGUUUUUGUCUUGUUUUUGGGGGCGCCAACGAGCCAAUGCCCCCAAAAAAAUCUUUUGCUUCUAUAUUGAAACCAUUUAUACUCGUUUUAAAAAUAAUUUUUCGGUAAGACUGAUUCAACAACACAUUUCUUCUCGGUAACGAUUCUAGUGAUAAAAAUAUUAAAAAUGCUACUAGUGCGAUGAUGAUGAUGGGUAUCGGCCUUUUUUUUUGGUGGGUUUUUAAUUAUUAAACGCACAUGAAGUCUCGAUGACUCCAAGCAAGCGUGUAUACCGUAGCGCUUGUCGUCCGCGUAAGACCGUGUUUAUGUUGGAGCUGUGAUAAAAAGCAAUGGUCCACCAUAAACACGGCCUAAGACAAAGGAAAUUUUUGUUUUUUUACUGUUUAAUAUUCCCUUUAAAACACAAAAACAAACAAACAU